AUGGGCCCUGAAAGCUCCGAAACAUCGGACAACACAAAUGGUCAGGGUGCCUUCCGCCGCCAACUUCUAGCUGACAAUGCUGGGCUAUCCUUGGAAGCGGACUUGGCACAGUUGAAGAGGACAGUUGCGAUUGCCAGCCUGAGUACAUUCUGCUUGGGCUACAACACUGGGAUUGUGGCUGGGGCGCAGAGAGGCAUUCAUGAGGACACCAGCUUCGAUCAUGGGGGUGGGCUGGCAUCUGGGGUGCUGGUGAGCUCUGCCCUUCUGGCAGCCGCAGUGGGCGCUUUCGGCGGCCAGGUAGCGAACUUGGUCGGCCGUCGUAGAACGCUGCUUGCCGUGGCGGGUCUCUUCGCAUUGGCACCCAUUGCUAUGGCUGCAGCACCAUCAUUCUGCUGGCUGCUUGUGGCAAGGUCGCUGUGUGGACUUUCAAUUGGCGUUUCUUCGGUGCUCACCAACCUUUACAUUACGGAAGUCAGUCCAGCCGUUUGCCGUGGACGCUUGGGUGGAUGGGCACCCUUCAUUGGCACCAGUGGUAUACUCGCAUCAUAUAUUGUGUCAGCAGCGCUGCAACCAUUUCCAAGUCAGGCUUGGAGAUGGCAAUUUGGCCUAGCAGUGCUGCCGGCCCUUGCGCAGCUGUUGCUGAGCCAGCACCUGCCUGAAACUCCUCGCUGGCUCCUCGCGCAGUCACAGAGAGAGGACGCACGCCGCUGUUUGCAGCUGCUGUUCCCAAAGGCAGCACCAAGCUGCCUUGAUGAGGAGCUGUCCAGAUUAGAGGCUGACCUCAGCCAUGUAGCUGAUGUGCCAGCAGUCACAUCCCUUGGCCUUUGCCAAGCGGAGCACCGGGCUUCCACCAUUGUAGGAGUUGCCAUCAAUGUGCUUCAGCAAGUCUCUGGCAUCAAUGUUUUCAUCUACUUCGCUCCGCAGAUCCUGGAGGAUGCUGGAUUUGGACGGUACUCCAUGAUUUCUACUGUGUUGGUGAGCCUCAUCCAGCUGACAGCAACAGCAGUGCUGAUAAGGUACAUUGAUCGGAUCGGGAGGCGGCCGCUGGCCCUGGUAGGCCUCAUUGGCAUGAUGGCCGGCCUGCUGCUUUUGAUUGCAGGAUCCGUGGAGCGGGGCGCAGGGAUGGCCGUAGCUUUCACGGCUUGGUUUUCCUUGUCGGGUAUGCUGCUAUUCCGGGCCGCUUUCUCCUUGUCCUUGGGCCCGCUGCCUUAUGUCAUGACAUCGGAAUUCUUCAAGCAAGAGGCGAGGGCAGCAGGACGACUAUGCUGGUUUCUGCAUGUCCCGGCCAAGAGCAACACAGAUAGCCUGGCAAGUUCUGUAUACUUCUGCACCUCUAUGAUGUUACUAGUAUGA